ACAUUGCUGUGCCGAGACAUCAGCUAAAAUGGCGUCUCUCCUCACAUUAGUGAGUAUCUUAAUCCGCAUCGUGUAUAGUAGCUCUCAGGCAGAUGGAGGCAUCAUGGAGAUCCACUAUCCAGACCUGAUCCUUGAGACGGAGCUUGAUGGAGACAUUAAUCUAGGGGCCGGGUCAGGCGGAAGCGUACACAUAUCCCCCGGGAUGGGAGGAACUGUGAUGUAUGGCAGCCUGGACCUCCUCGAGUUUGUCAGGAUCAUGCAGAGUUUCCCGCCAGUUUGGGGCACCCCGUCAGCUGUUGGUUUCUUCGGCAAAUACGACGGCGGAGACUUCGUGAAUGUGACGCUCAACGCCAAGGACCCAGAAGGUGACGAGUUGAUUUACACAGUCGUUGCUGGAGACCUUCCUCCUGGCAUCAUUCUUGACCCCCGAAAAGGUGUCAUCCGGGGUCUUGCUCCGGACGAGAACGCCCUCUAUGUUGUCACCAUCCGGGCAUUUGACAACCAGCACAAACACGCCGAUGCAAUCUUCCGGUUCGAAACUAGAGACACUGACAGGUGUUUGUUACGAGCGCCAUGCAAGAACGAUGGCGUCUGUGUCGACAUGAACGGCCUCUACCAGUGUCAUUGCGCCGGCAUCUUCGGUGGGAGGGACUGUGAACGAGAAUGUAAUGAAACCACCCUGGGUGUGGACGCCAACUCACAGUUCAUCCCGGACGCCCAGAUGUCCGCCUACCUCAGUCUGAACCAGAGUCUGGCCAGUGACGGGCGUCUGAACGGGAGGGGUUGGUGCGGCAGGGAGGCCUACUCGUGGCUACAGGUGGACUUGGGUGGCACCAGGUACGUCCAUCGAGUCGUCAUGCAAGGACCUUAUGCCAGCAACUAUGCAAUGCAAUACAGCGUUGACGGCCAGAGCUUCACCUACCACACCAACACGUCGACGUCAAAAUCGGUCAUUGUGUCCAUCCCAGGAGGAAAUGGUCUGGCCGACUACAUGCUCCCGGAAGUUAUCGAGGCCCGCUUCCUCCGCUUCCAGGCCGUCAGUUUCCAGGUGGGGUUCUAUCCCUGUCUCAAGGUGGACAUAUUCGGCUGUCAUCUAGUACAGAUGACAGCCCAGCAGUUCCACACGCAUGGCUGGCAGGAGCGACUUUUUCCAGUCUGUGGGAAGCAGUCUCACGAAGCGGGUCACCAGCGGAGUCGUCCUGCCAAGCGUUUAGCUCACCUAGAUCGAUCUGGAGCCAGGAGAGCUCCCCAGUUCCGCGCCAUCCCUUCCCCUCGAGCCUCCCGUCGGAAGCGUUAUACGUGGAGGAGUUACGCUCGUGUUACAAUCAUGGCGUCUUUAAUGUUGUUUGUGGCUGUCCUCUGCAAAGUGCUUCGUAUCGCUGGUACUGCUUUCUUUGAGGUCCAGUACCCCAGUGUCGUUCUGUCCGCAGAAAUUGGAGGAAAUGUCACCAUCAGAGCUGGGCCCGACAGCGGCAGCAUCUUCCUCAAGUCGUCCACAAGUGGCAGCAUCUACAUCGACGGCACCGACAUGAUGGCCAUUAUUGAAAUGCUGAACAGCCUCCCGCCCAUCUGGAGCGACAUGUCGGAACACGGGUCACUCGGGACCUUCCUGGGGGGAACUACCAUCUCCGUCAAAGUCACCGCACAGGAUCCAGAAGGAAAUACUAUCCAUUAUGACAAAGUAUCCGGGGCAUUUCCUCCAGGGGUAGUGCUGAACAAGGACACCGGUGACAUCUCUGGAGUCAUACCUGAUAUAGAUGCUGUGUAUGAAUUCGGCAUUCGGGCGACAGAUAAUCACGGGAAGCACGCCGAUCAGACGUUCACCAUCCUCACACGCGAGAAAAACCAGUGUCGUGCUAUUCCUUGUAAGAAUGGAGGUUCCUGCAUUGACGACAUCUCCGCCUACUCCUGCAACUGCCCCAAGGCCUACGGGGGCAAGGAUUGUCUGUUGGACUGUGUGAACAACGCCGUGGGUGUAGACAGCGGCCUCAUGCACAUCCCCGACGCCCAGAUGUCCGCCCACUACUCCCACGCCGACUAUGCCGCUUGGAACGGCCGUCUCCACGGCACUGGCUGGGUUGGAGAGCAAGUAUUCAACUCGUGGCUGCAGAUUGACCUUGGCUCUGUGAUGAGGUGGUUUGCCGUGACGAUGCAGGGGGCUGUCAGCUCAUCCUUCUACACCACCACAUACACCAUGACAUACAGCGAGGACGGCGACAACUUCCAAACUGUCAAGGAUGCCGCCCUUAACACUCUGAUAUUCAACGGCAGUACUCUGUACGACAUAGCGACGAAGACCGUCCUCCCAGUGCCUCUGCAGGCUCGCUAUGUCCGCUUCAUCCCGCAAACUUCUGCCACGAAUCCUGGCAUGAGAGUUGAGGUGUUCGCCUGCCCACAGUAACGCCGUGUUGGAGAUGUGCAGAUCUAUGAGGACGAUCAAUCACUUGAAUUUAGAAGAUGGAAGAUUGUAGUGUAGUCACACAUAUGAAGAUAAAUCGUAUCAGUGACUAAUUUAAAACGGGGCUGAACAUUGGCCAAAGUUUUACCAGGCUUAAAAGGAAACUGUUAAUCGGGCAUUGGCGCGUCACUUUCAAUCCUGUGUGUCAGUCAUUUUAAAUGCCAAUAAAAAAUAUGUCAUUA